GUAACACCUUCUAAUAUGAAUCGUGCCCACCAAGUGAAAUCAAACGACAAAAGCGAGGAGGUUUGAAAUAUAAUUGAUAGUGUUUAAAAAUGUUUUGAUCUUGUUCACUUUCGACUCUAGAUUUCAGUAGGUUGGCACGAUUCAUGGUAGUUGCUACUGGGUGACGCGUUGUCAAGCUUCUUAUUCUGUAACGAUGUUCACCUAUAUCGCGUAAGACUACUCAGACUAGAAUAUCUGGUGACCCAAUUUUGUUUAUUUCCCAGUCGUAAUCCGCAUUCCGGUUUUCAAGUUAUCCGGUGACUUUGAAGACGUUUUAGCUCUGUCUAUAAGUUUACUUGAAUUUAUCUUGUAUGACCUACGAAUGAUAUCCGGCUCCAUUUCUCUGUAGAAUGCUUAUCUCGUGUUUGAGGGUAUCCUUAUCAUGUUUAAACUCGUCUUCUUAGUCCUUGUUUGUGGAUUUCGACUCGCAGAAAGUUGUGUUACUUAUAUACUGUUUUGGUCCAUGUACACAACUUUUCAUUCCUAAAGCGUUGUUUAUACUUUUCCUAAAGUAAUAACGUCAACUCCCUAACAAGCUUAACCGAAAUCACAAUUUUCUAAAAUUUGGUUUAUCAUUACACUACAUGGUAGGUCAAUAACGUCUACUGUUAAUUUUUUGUACGGCAACAUAUGCUCUUCAAUCAGCAUAAGUUUCACCAACUGCUGGACUCGCAAACAGUAGUGUUAACUAGUAUAUUCCUCUUUCAUCACAUUAAUUGAUGAAGUAUCUAGUGAUAUGAUAAUUUUUAAUCAUUAUAACUAUUCUUUAGGAUAAAGCACCAAAGACUUGAUUGGACUGUGGGUUUGAUAAAGUUACAGCGAAUGACGUAUUAGGCUUUGCCUAGGAACUGUGAUCGUUCUUGAAAAUCAAAAGUGAAGAACGACGAAUCUCUCUGAUCUUUAGUACCCUGUCAGGAAGUGUAAACGUAUCAAUAUCAACUAUAUAAUUAUUUAGAGUUACAAAAUGUUGUCGUAUUACGGAAUCAAGUUCCAUGUGUAUUUCUUAUUUGCUUGAUUGGUAUUCAGACAUUCAUAAAAUUUCUCAGUGACUCUAUAUCUCAUUUUGAAGUGACAUAGCUCAUCAAACUGAUGUUUUGAUUUCAUAACAAAACUAAUUUCUGUCUUAAAUAUCCAUAGGUUUCUUUGCAUUUACCCAUCAUCUAAUUAAACUAUAAAAAGGAAUGGAUACUAAGGAAUUGGAGAAUUUUUUUAGCGAUCCUAUGGUUUCAGCUCAUAUUGAAUCAUUCAUGGAUGCUCAUUGUUCUAUAUUUACAUGUGAAAAAGAAAUUCAUUCUGAACAUUAUGCAACACACAAAGAAUUUUCAGAAAUGGUAAGUAGAAAUAGACAAUAUUCUUUAUUUCACAAUCCUUUCUUAGAUAGAUCUUCAUUUAAUGAACUAGUUAUGGAUACAUAGUUAUUGACUAACACUACUUUUUAUCUCUUUCAAAUGUAUGUUAUGGUUGGAUAUACAUCACAAGAGGCUAGAUAAACCACAACUGGGUAUAGGAAAUAUGAGAUCUGGUUCAAAGCUGACUCAGGCCAAGUUACCACACUAUCGGCAAUACGAAAGUGGAUAGCAGUGUUGUUGAAUUAGAGAUUUCAUGUAGAGGAAAUAAUUUUAAAAGAUAAUCAGUUUGCGACAUUAGAAGUAUGAGGGUUUCGAAACCGACCAUGUGAACUAUGAAAAAUGAAUACAUCUGCUCUACUGCAGCUGAUCUCGAACUAUUUCACCAGUCUUCAACUAUUGAUCACGAUUAUGGCACUGGCCGCAAUGUAGUAGCUUGUACCUAGCAAAAUGACUCAGACCAACAAUCAAUGAUUUAAUAACCUGUUCGGUGGUUUGGUUGCUUCUGACUUUUCUCCAAACACGAUGAAAAGUCUAUUAAAUAGCUCAUCAAUUCAUUACAAUCAAAUUCAGGAAAUGUAUACAACUUAUAAAAUAACUGAAGAUGAUCCUUCUUUUAGUUCAAUCUCUUAUAUAAUUGCAUUAUGGAAUUUUGAAUUAUUUUAUCAAUUAAUGACUUUGGUAAAUGUUGAUUUACAAUUAGAAGCAUUACAUUAUAUUCAACAGAAGUACGGUAAUCAAUUCAUACAAACGUAUUCAAACAACAAUAAUCAUGAUUCCUUGGGUAAUAAUUCUACUGAAAUAAAUAAAAAUGAACUAACUGAUAUGUUGUUAGAAAAAUCUCAACAGAAAAAUGGAAUGGUGAAGACAAUCAAAGAAACAAUUCAAAGUGAACUUUGUAAAAAUCAACAUAAUCAGAACGAUGGACAAUUAUUAAUAGAGAGUGAUUCUAAUACUUUUCGUGAUAUACCUACAAAAAAUCUCACUAACUCUACAAUUCCUCAUGAAAUAAAACUAACUUCUUCUGAUACUGUGACACCAUCAUCAUCAUCAUCAUGGAAUCACAUAUUGAAUUUCAAUAACUCUGAAACCAUUCAUCAGCAAAAAUAUGACAAUACUUUAAGACCAACUAAAGAUGAAUUAGUUGAAAAGCAGGCAUUUCUAAGAAAACAACGUGAUCUACUGAUCGAAAUGCGUCAGAAAAAGCGUGAAAAGCUAUUUUCUGAUCAUGUACAAACUUUAACAGAUAACAGUUUUGUAUAUACUAAUAAUAGAGACCGUAAUUCAAUCGACAAGGAAGAACAUGAUAAAGUUAUGGAGAAACGUCGUAAGUUAUAUGAAAAACUAAAGAUUGAAGUGAUUAAUAAAAGUGGUUUUGAUCAGACAGAAAAAUAAAUUGGUCUAAUUUCCUUGAUUUUAUGAUAAUCGAUCGAAUAUUGGAUGGAUGUACAUAUACAUUUUUGAACAAUAAAUGUAUAGCUAUAAAACAGUGAAUGUGAAUAUCGGAAGUUUCAAUUGGAUCUUGACAUCGAUUCAUGGGAAGGAAUCUAGAUUGUGAGGAAAUUUCCACCGAAGAAGAUUGAAAUGGUUUAUGUGGAUCCCAGUUUGUUUGCAUUUUCACGCACCGUUCUCUUAUAAAUGCACGAUAUGUAGAAACACUGAUUCCUAUCAUUUCAAUUGCAUCAUUGUUGUUUGAAAUCCUAAUGUAAUGUUUACAUAUGACACUGUAUAAUUUUACCAAAACUAAAAUAUUUGAUUAUUCUCUAAGAAAUGUAUGUAUCAUCAAAAUAAUAAGUCAAGGAGUUUACAAUAAUAAAUAUCGUUACAGCAGUAGAA